UCCUAGGUGAACUACCUUAAAUGACUAACUACUGGACAAUUGGAUAUGACGAAGACUGCUAGAAAGUAACCUGACCCUAAAACAUCCGCGAUUGGUCGGAAAGCACGGUUGAUUUUGGAACAGCAUCAUCUGCAUUAAAGGUUGGAGCAACGGGGAUCUAUUCUGUUCUCAGAUGAGACCAGAAUGUGUCUCCAUGGUAGUAAAUGUGCCGAAGACCAAGAGAGCGAUUUGCAGAUUGGUGCUUUGAAGAGCAGAGUGCUUAUGGAGAUGGUCUGGGGUGGAAUUUCUAUUGGAGACGAACCGACUUGUGUUCAUUCGUAGAGGCGACCGUGUUCACGAAAGAAGAGGUCUAACGGCUGAUAGAUAUAUCGAGGAGAUUGUAGCAAUUCAUCUGGUACUUUAACAUUGGGGACGAAUUUACCUUUAUGCAUGACAAUGCAAGACUGCACACCGCCAGAAUCGUGCAAGAUUACAUUGCAGAAUUGUGAAACAGAAAGAUCGUUCUCAGUUUCAAAGAGAAUAAAAAAUGUAGAUCGCUCUACAAUGUCAUUGACAAGACUGUACAUUGAAAAUGAGUUGUUACAGAAUUUGGAUGAGAUAAUUGAAAAUUUCACCACAACUAAAUCGAGAAAGAAGUUUAUUUAAUAAUUUGAAACUGAUAUAUUAUAUUUCAAAGAGUUCGAGCUGAUUUUGAUUUCCUCAAGUGGACCCCGGGUCGAUUUUAGCCCCAAUAAGUUUUUGAACUUGUAUUCUAUACCAUGAAUUCGGUCCUGUUUCAAAUGAGAAACAAAUUCGAUCAUUUUCAACUUUGAUGUGCAUUCUAUUUUAAAAAAAUUGUUCCAAGUCAUUCAAGGUUUAUGUGAAUGUUUAAAAUAUAUGUUACAUAUUCGUAGAAGUAUAUUUGCUCUAAGAUCAAUUAGUACUUUCUCUUUCACUCCAAACUUGAUGAAUAGAGGGUAGAUUCGAUACAAUUAGUAGUUGUGAUUUGAAGUGAGUGGCAAGAAGAUUGAUUGGAGUUGAAACAAGACUAUUGAUGGAUUAAUUGGAGGAUAAAAUAUAUGGAAAUAAUUGGAUGAUAAAUAUAUAUAUCAUGUAUACAGUUUACAUAUUAUCUUUCAUUGUAAACGUAUUCGCCGCGACUGCGCAAAACGAUUAUUACAAAAGUGAAAUUUUUCAAGACGUAUUCGGUUACAAACCGUACAAAACCCUCGGUUCUAGUACAAUUAACGGCAACCGUUUUCCAACUUCAUAUUCUGAAGCACGUUUUCUGAAAACUUCAACAUCAAACCAAGAAAUUAUUCAACUGGGAUGCGGUACUGUUCCCGAUACCUGUCCAGAUACAAACUACCGAUCUUAUGAUGGUUCUUGUAAUAAUUUACGUAAUCCGAUUUGGGGUACACCGAAUACUCCAUAUAACAGAUUGUUACCAGCAAAUUACGAGGACGGUAUUCAGGAUCCAGUUUUGUCUAAAAGCGGUAAAGAACUACCUCUGGCACGAUCAGUUAGCCUUUUAUUGUACCCCGAUGUUCCAAUCGAAGAUCCCAUAUUUACUUUAAACACCAUGCAGUACGGACAAAUAAUAACGCACGAUCUAAGUAUGACUGCAGGAAGUACUCAAACACAACAUUACAAAACGAGAUGUUGUUCCGAAGAUGGUCAACUUUUGGAAUUGGCUGAUAUGCCUGAACAUUGUUUCCCAAUGCGUUUACCUCCCAACGAUCCGGCACAUCUAAAUGAUAACGUUAAAUGCAUGAGUUUCGAUAGAACUAUUACUAACAGGGAUAGGAAUUGUGUUAAAGGAAAUUCUCCAGCUGAACAGCUAACUUCAGUGAACCACUUCUUAGAUUUAUCGCUCGUAUACGGUAACGAUGAUGAAACAAAUCAUCAAUUGAGAGAAUUCAAAGGUGGUAGACUACGUUAUGAUACUAGAAAAGGAAAUCAAUGGCCGCCAAGAGCUGCCAACGCAUCAGGUACUUGUCGACUGAACAAACCUAAAGACGCUUGUUACUUCGCAGGUGACUCUCGAAUCAAUCAAAAUCCUCAACUGGCUCUUCUCCAUGUAAUCCUCCUGAGAGAACAUAACAGAAUAGCCGAUAAACUAUCCGAACUUAACCCCCAUUGGGACGACGAAACUACAUUCCAAGAAGCUAGGAAAAUUUGUAUAGCUGAACAUCAGUACAUUACGUAUUAUGAAUGGUUACCGUAUUUCAUUGGGGUCGAAAGGGCACUUGCUCACGGACUUAUUUGGAAAACUGAAGGUUUUGUUAACGAUUAUAAUGAAAACGUAGAUCCAACUGUUUUGAAUGAACAUUCGACGGCGGCAUUGAGAAAUUUCCAUACAUUGAUUGCUGGUAAACUUGAUUUAGUGACCGAAGAAAGAUAUUCCCAAUCUUUCAUGCGUUUCACAGAUGUCUUGAGACGUCCAUAUGUCAUCGAAAGCAAUAAUACUUUCGAUGAUCUACUUCGGGGGCUCACAUCGCAACCUCAAUCCGCAUCCGACCAAUUUCAUGAUAGUGAGAUAACUCAGUUUUUAUUUAGAGAAGAUAAUGAAACAUUUGGUAUCGAUUUACGAGCCACUGAUAUUCAGAGAAAUAGAGAUCACGGGUUGGGAUCUUAUAAUGACUAUAGGCAACUCUGGAAGAAACCCAGAGCUAAUACUUUCGAAGAUCUAUUAGACACCAUAAGUCAAGAGAAUAUUUUGAAAUUGUCCCAACUGUACGAACAUCCGGAUGAUAUUGAUUUGAUUGUUGGGGGAUCUUUGGAAAAAAAUUUGAAAGAUGCUCUGGUCGGUCCCACUUUCUUAAAUAUUAUUAUCGAACAAUUUUACCGAACUAGGGUAGGGGACAGAUUUUGGUUUGAAAACAACGGACCUCUUGGAUUUACGUUGCCGCAACUACAGGAAAUUAGAAAAUCCAGUAUUUCAAAAUUGUUGUGCGAUAACGGACAUCACAUCGUUAACAUGCAACCAAGAGGAUUUGAAAAAAUAUCUCCAAGUAAUCCACUAACAUCGUGUGAAUCGUUGCCAUCUAUAGAUCUAUCGCACUGGAAAGACCAACAAUAUUUUCAAAAAAUCGAUGAUGAUUUCUCGAUAAAUCACAAUAAAUACCUAUUCAAAUAAUAUUUUUUUGUACAAUAUUUAUAAAUUUGUUAUUUAUUCUUUUAUUUAUUACAUGUAUUAACCAAAA